AUGGGGGAACUGUUCAGGAGCGAGGAGAUGACGCUUGCCCAGCUCUUCCUCCAGUCUGAGGCAGCCUACUGCUGUGUCAGCGAGCUGGGAGAACUGGGAAUGGUUCAGUUCCGCGAUGUAAGUAACAUACCAGUCAUCUAUCUAUAAAAAAACAUAUUUAACCUUUAUUUAAUUAAACAGGAAGUCCGAUUGUGGUCAGAAGACCUCUUUCCCAAGGGAGACCUGGCCAAGAAUGGCAACUGUGACACCUGUUUCUGUUGUUUGAAUUUUUAGCUCAACCCAGACGUGAAUGUGUUCCAGAGGAAGUUUGUGAAUGAAGUGAGGAGGUGUGAGGAGAUGGACAGGAAACUAAGUGAGUGAUUUCAUAAUAUGUUGAAUGAAUACAUUUUAUUUGACAUAUUUAAUAUACAUAUAGACCUGUGUCAGCCAAGUUAGCCAACAAUACAUAAAAUGUUUUUGAGAAUUAAAAACACAGUAAGUGUUACACAAUAAAGACAUUUCCAUUGUGGUCCUCCCUAUUUCUAGGUGGGUAACAUAAUGGACAGCUUGGACAAAACAUAGCAUAUAAUACCACAUGAAGUACAUGUUUUAAUAAACUCAAUACAAAGUCCCAUCAAGCCCCAAAAUAUUACAUAUACAGUGCAUUCGGAAAGUAUUCAGACCCCUUGACUUUUUCCACAUUUUGUUAUGUUACAGCCUUAUUCUAAAAUUAAAUAUUUUUUUCUCUCUCAAUCUACACACAAAACCCCAUAAUGACAAAGCAAAAACAGGUUUUUAGAAUUAUUUGCAAAUGUAUUAACAAUAAAAACGGAAAUAUUACAUUUACAUAAGUAUUCUGACACUUUACUCAGGACUUUGUUGAAGCACCUUUGUCACGAUCGUCGUUACAGGAAGCGGACCAAGGCGCAGCGUGUGAUACAAACAUGACUUUAUUUUAUAAAGUACUCACAAACCAAACAAAACACGACUCGUGAAGUCCAACGGCUAACACUGACCGUAAAGGAACAAAAACCCACAACACCCACAGGAAAACAUACAGAUUAAAUAUGGCUCCCAAUCAGAGAUAACGAGCCGACAGCUGACACUCGUUACCUCCGAUUGGGAGUCAUUGACCAAACAUAGAAAUGAACUCAACAGAAAUACAAACAUAGAAAUACACCCAAAUAAUGAACACACCCUGGCUCAAAUUAAGAGUCCCGGAGCCAGAGCGUGACAGUACCCCCCCCUAAAGGCGCGGACUGCGACCGCGCCUCAACUAACCAAAACAGGGGAGGGCUGGGCGGGCAUACCUCCUCGGUGGCGGUUCUGGCUCCGGCCUUGAUCCCCACCUCCUCUCCAACCCCCCAAAGUACCCCUGGUCCUGUCUAGCCCCGCCGGCCGGAGCCAGACUGACGACACGCGCCCCUGGCUUGGUGCGUGGAGGACGAACGGGCCUUACCAGGCUGACGACGCGCACCACUGCCUUGGCGCGGGGAGCAGGAACGGGCCGGACCGGGCUGAUGAAGCGCACCCCUGACUUGGUGCGGAGAGCAGGACCGGACCGGACAGGGCUGACGACACGCACCACAGACUUGGUGCGGGGAGCAGGAUUGGGCCGGACCGGGCUGAUGAAGCGCACCCCUGACUUGGUGCGGAGAGCGGGACCGGACCGGACAGGGCUGACGACACGCACCACAGACUUGGUGCGGGGAGCAGGAUUGGGCCGGACAGGGCUGACGAAACGCACCACCAACUUGGUGCGUGGAGCAGGAACAGGUCGGGCAGGGCUGUCGACGCACACCGUAGACCUAGUGCGUGGAGCAGGAACAGGCCGGGCUGGGCUGGCGACGCACACCGUAGUUCUAGUGCGUGGAGCAGGAACAGGCCGGGCUGGGCUGGCGACGCACACCGUAGUUUUAGUGCGUGGAGCAGGAACAGGCCGGGCUGGGCUGGCGACGCACACCGUAGUUCUAGUGCGUGGAGCAGGAACAGGCCGGGCUGGGCUGGCGACGCACACCGUAGUUCUAGUGCGUGGAGCAGGAACAGGCCGGGCUGGGCUGGCGACGCACACCGUAGUUCUAGUGCGUGGAGCAGGAACAGGCCGGGCUGGGCUGGCGACGCACACCGUAGUUCUAGUGCGUGGAGCAGGAACAGGCCGGGCUGGGCUGGCGACGCACACCGUAGGUCUAGUGCGUGGAGCAGGAACAGGCCGGGCUGGGCUGUGGAGACGGAUAGGAGACCUAGAGCGAAGAGCGGCCACCACCCGUCCUGGCUGGAUGCCUACCCUCACACACUCUGCGUGAGGCAUCCGCACAGGACGUACAGGGCUGUGAACCCGUACCGACAUGACAGCACGCGAUACGGGAGCAGGAUAUCCGGGACCGCGGAGAGGCACUGGAGACCUCGAGCGUAGAUCCGGCACACUCCGUCCUGGCUGCAUCCCCCCCUUCGCACGACACGUGCGGGGUGCUUGCACAGGACGUACAGGACUGUGCCGGACCACUCGUGGCACAGUACGCUGCUCCGCACACCGCGGAACCUGCCCCGUCCCACGCUGCCAUGCCUGAGUACGGGAAGUUGGUUCCGCUCUACCUCCAGGCCUCGCCAACCUGCCUUCUGCCUCCCAACACCCGGUGACCACCUCUCCAAAACGUCCUGUAGCAGCCGCCUGCUGCCCAGCCGCCCAAGCCAUGUGCCCCCCCCAAAAAACUUUUAGGGGUUGCCUCUCGUCCUUCCGACGAUGGCCCUGCUGACGCCGUUGCUCCUCUCCUGCCAGGUUCUCCCCCUUCAUCGCCCUCCGGUACCGGACGGCCUCCUCCUGCGUAAUAUGUCCCCAGCCGAGGAGGACAUCCACCAGCGUUCUCUCCUGCGGGUGUUCCGGUAUACGCUGCUUGGUCCUUUUGUGGUGGGUUUUUCUGUCACGAUCGUCGUUACAGGAAGCGGACCAAGGCGCAGCGUGUGAUACAAACAUGACUUUAUUUUAUAAAGUACUCACAAACCAAACAAAACACGACUCGUGAAGUCCAACGGCUAACACUGACCGUAAAGGAACAAAAACCCACAACACCCACAGGAAAACAUACAGAUUAAAUAUGGCUCCCAAUCAGAGAUAACGAGCCGACAGCUGACACUCGUUACCUCCGAUUGGGAGUCAUUGACCAAACAUAGAAAUGAACUCAACAGAAAUACAAACAUAGAAAUACACCCAAAUAAUGAACACACCCUGGCUCAAAUUAAGAGUCCCGGAGCCAGAGCGUGACAACCUUUGGCAGCGAUUACAGCCUCAAUUCUUCUUGGGUAUGACACUAAAAGCUUGGCACACCUGUAUUUGGGGAGUUUCUUCUCUGCAGAUCCUCUCAAGCGCUGUCAGGUUGGAUGGGGAGCAUCGCUGCACAGCUAUUUUCAGGUCUCUCCAGAGAUGUUCGAUCUGGUUUAACUCCAGAGAUGUUCGAUCAGGUUUAAGUCCGGGCUCUGGCUGGGCCACUCAAGGACAUUCAGAGACAUGUCCCCAAGCCACUCCUGUGUUUUCUUGGCUGUGUGCUUAGGGUCGUUGUCCUGUUGGAAGGUGAACCUUCGCCCCAGUCUGAGGUUCUGAGCGCUCUGGAGCAAGUUUUCAUCAAGGAUCUCUGUACUUUGCUCCGUUCAUCUUUCUCUCAAACCUGACUAGUCUCCCAGUCCCUGGUGCUGAAAAACAUCCCCACAGCAUGAUGCUGCGACCACCAUGCUUCACCGUAGGAAUGGUGCCAGGUUUCUUCCAGACGUGACGCUUGGCUUUCAGGCCAAAGAGUUCAAUCUUGGUUUCAUCAGACCAGAGAAUCUUGUUUCUCAUGGUCUGAGAGUCCUUUAGGUGCCUUUUGGCAAACUCCAAGCAGGCUGUCAUGUGCCUUUUACUGAGGAUUGGUUCCGUCUGGCCAUUCUACAAUAAAGGCCUGAUUGGUGGAGCGCUGCAGAAAUGAUUGUCCUUCUGAAAGGUUCUCCCAUCUCCACAGAAGAACUCUGUAGCUCUGUCAGAGUGACCAUCGGGUUCUUCGUCACCUCCCUGACCAAGGCCCUUCUCCCUUGAUUGCUCAGUUUGGCCGGGCGGCCAGCUCUAGGAAGAAUCUCGGUGGUUCCAAAUUUCUUCCAUUUAAGAAUGAUGGAGGCCACUGUGUUCUUGGGGACCUUCAAUGCUGCAGACAUUAUUUGGUAUCCUUCCCCAGAUCUGUCCCUGUCUUGGAGCUCUACGGACAAUUCCUUCGACCUCAUGGCUUGGUUUUUGCUCUGACAUGCAUUGUCAGCUGUGGGACCUUAUAUAGACAGGUGUGUGCCUUUCCAAAUCAUGUCCAAUCAAUUGAAUUUACCACAGGUGGACUCCAAUCAAGUUGUAGAAACAUCUCAAGGAUGAUACAAUGAAACAGGAUGCACCUGAGCUCAAUUUCGAGUCUCAUAGCAAAGGGUCUGAAUACUUAUGUAAAUAAGAUAUUGUUGUAUUUUUAUUUUUUAUAAAUGUGCAAACAUUUCUUAAAACCUUUUUUCGCUUUGCCAUGAUGGGGUAUUGUGUGUAGAUUGAUGAGGAAAAACAUUUAUUUAAUCAAUUUUAGAAUAAGGCUGUAACGUAAACAUUUUUUGCUAAAUGACUAAAAUGUAAAUGUAAAUACCACUCACAGAAUGGGACACAGAUGUCUAUUUCUCCCACAAUGCAGAAACUCACUAGCUUUUUCCCAGAUCUGUUUGUGCAUCUGCCUACUACAUUGUCAUUUUCAAGCAAUUUGCCAUGACAAUUCCAUAAAGAGUUGGCAAGAGAUCAGAAACAGACUGGCAACCAGGGUAGAAACUCACACCUGUAUUGAAUAUUACCUGGUGUUUUGCUUUGCAGGGUUUGUCGAGAAGGAGAUCAAAAAAGCCAACAUCCCAACUGUGGAUACUGGAGAAAACCCUGAAGUCCCCUUCCCUAGGGAUAUGAUUGACCUAGAGGUAUCUAUCCCUGUUUAAUACUGUAUGUCAGUAAUAUGAAAUUAUGAAUGUCAUUGAAAUCAGCCCAAAGAUAGCACAACACAAUUUCACAGAUCAUUUAAUCAUCUCUUUCGCCUUACAAUACUACUCCCCUUACGGAAAAACCACAUGAAUUUCAUGUGAUCACAUGUGAUCUUAUGGGAAGUUAAUGUGAUAACAUGUGAUAACAUUUAAAGCAACAUGUGAAAACAUGGGAUUCUCCACGUGACAUUUUUGUGUAAGGGCCUACCUGACAGUGAAGUGGAACUGUGUAGCAGUUCACCUGCUCUAGCCAAUACCUCUAAGACCCAUGAUGACACUUUACCGGACAUUGGCCAUAAUUAUAAGCUGUAGCUAGGACUCAUGUUAGGGCCCAUGACUGCUUGUUAUUGAGUUGAAUAGGCUAUCCCUUCAAUAAAAAUAAAAACACUAGAACGGGUAUCCUCAUUCAAAUCAAUGGGUCUGUAAUGGGUGUAUCGGCAGCCAUUUUGAAAGUGUACCAAUGGGAGUAAAGCAGGAAGUAAAGGCUAUGUCCAUUCUAGUGAUUCUAAUUCUAUGACCCCUUCUACCAUUUUCUAAUCACGCCCCAUCCCAUCUAAAGCCCAAUCUCAUUGGUUGUCUCCGUUUGAUUGACAGGCCACGUUUGAGAAGCUGGAGAACGAGCUGAAGGAGAUCAAUACCAACCAGGAAGCCCUGAAGAAGAACUUCCUGGAGCUGACUGAGCUCAAGCACAUCCUGCGACGCACCCAGCAGUUCUUUGACGAGGUCAGCGAGUAGCUUCCCGCCAAUAUUUUGGGUGCGUUCCAGGCGGACUAUAUUGCAGAUGCAUGCCAGAUCUCACAACGCCUGGAUAGGUUUUUAACAUAUCAGCUACCCAUAUCAAAUGAUAUAGCAAUUUGAUGACCGACUGCCCAGUCAAUGACAUGGCACACAACCAUUGAUUGAUGCAAUGCAACGUCUGCAAUGUAGUUAGCCUGGAACGGAACCUCUGUUUUGCUCAAUCCCAAAGGGACCCCUACCUCCACAGACACCAGGGUUUGGGGUCAAUUUAAUUCAGUCAAUUCUGGAAAUGAGAAAAUGUGACCUAAUUCCUAGUAGGAUUACUCUCAAAGUAGUAAUUACUAACUACACUACAUGAUCAAAGGUAUGUGGACACCUGCUCGUCGAACAUCUCAUUCCAAAAUCAUGGGCAUUAAUAUGGAGUUGAUCCCCCCUUUGCUGCUAUAACAGCCUCCACUCUUCUGGGAAGGCUUUCCACUAGAUGUUGGAACAUUGCUGCGUGGACUUGCUUCCAUUUAGCUACAAGAGCUUUAGUGUGGUCGGGCACUGAUGUUGGGCGAUUAGGCCUGGCUCGCAGUCGGCGUUCCAAUUCAUUCCAAAGGUGUUCGAUGGGGUUGAGGUCAGGGCUCUGUGCAGGCCAGUCAAGUUCUUCCACACCGAUCUCGACAAAUAAUUUCUGUAUGUACCUCGCUUUGUGCACGGGUGCAUUGUCAUGCUGAAACAGGAAAGGGCCUUCCCCAAAUUGUUGCCACAAAGUUGGAAGCACAGAAUCGUCUAGAAUGUCAUUGUAUGCAGUAGCAUUAAGGUUUCCCUUUACUAAGGGGCCUGUACCAUGAAAAACAGCCCCAGACCAUUAUUCCUCCUCCACCAAACUUGACAGUUGGCAUUAUGCAUUCAGGCAGGUAGCGUUCUCCUGGCAUCCGCCAAUCCCAGAUUCAUCCGUCAAGACUGCCAGAUGGUGAAACGUGAUUCAUCCGUCCAGAGAACGCAUUUCCACUACUCAAGGGUCCAAUGGCGGCGAGCUUUACACCACUCCAGCCUACGCUUGGCAUUGCGCAUGGUGAUCUUAGGCUUGUGUGCGACUGCUCGGCCAUGGAAACCUAUUUCAUGAAGCUUCCGAUGAACAGUUAAGUGCUGACAUUGCUUCCAGAGGCAGUUUGUAACUCGGUAGUGAGUGUUGCAACUGAAGACAGACGAUUUUUGCGCGCUUCAGCACUCGGCGGUCCCGUUCUGUGAGCUUGUGUGGCCUACCACUUCGCGGCUGAGCUGUUGUUGCUCCUAGAUGUUUCCACUUCACAAUAACAGCACUUACAGUUGACUGGGGCAGCUCUAGCAGGGCAGAAAUUUGACGAACUGACUUGUUGGAAAGGUGGCAUCCUAUGACAGUGCCACUUUGAAAGUCACUGAGCUCUUCAGUAAGGUCAUUCUACUGCCAAUGUUUGUCUAUGGACAUUGCAUGGCUGUGUGCUUGAUUUUAUACACCUGUCAGCAACUGGUGUGGCUGAAAUAGCCGAAUCCAAUAAUUUGAAGGGGUGUCCACAUACUUUUGUAUAUAUAGUGAAUCUUAACCAUGUUGUUGCUGGUUUGUGACUCCAGACUAAAUUGCAUCUUCCUCCUAUCUCCAUCAUCAUCAUCUUCCUUACGUUCCACAGAUGGAGGACCCCGCCCUGAUGGAAGAGUCGUCAGCCCUAAUGGAGGGUAACGAGGGGGGCCGGGGAGCACCGCUCCGACUGGGGUGAGACGCACACACACACACACACACACACACACACACACACACACACUGUACAGCAGUUUUCCCAAAGAAACGUCCAAGCCCUCGGGCACUGAAAUUGUCAAUUGAAACCCAUAGAAACCAACGUUUUUUAGGCUUGGGUCUAACAGAGUUAGGUGGCUCGCCCUUCUUGAACAAUGGUAACGGAAACUCUGGUGUGCUAGGAGAUGUACUUCUAACAUACAGUACAUUAGAGUACGCCCUAUAGGGCACUUGAGCUGUACAUUGAAUGUAAUCAACUGUACAAUACACACGCCAUUGAAUGCUGUAAUAUUAUUUUGUAGCCCAAGGAAACAUUUAUUCUAGCUGUGGUGGGGAUCAUUUAAUUCAUGGAUGUCCAAGUCACCCCUUUUUGGCCUAUAGGCAUAUACAGGCAAUUUAAAUGAAAGAUGGUAGUGGAUGGUGUAUUAAAAAACUUCUGGCCUCUUAAUAGGGAUUGAUUUAAAUUAACUUUGAGCCAGGCAUUGAUCCAUGCUUGAUAAUGUCAGGGCUGUGUGUGUGUGUGUGUCAGUAGGUCAAUGGCAGCAUAUGAAGCUGCCACACCGACAAAGCAGGGAGAUUGACACUCAUUAUGACCUAUAGUCACAGUGACAGAACAGCAAACAACUUCAAAUCAAAUCAAAUUGUAUUGGUCACAUACACGUGUUUAGCAGAUGUUAUUGCGGGUGUAGCGAAAUGCUUGUGCUUCUAGCUCCGACAGUGCAGUAAUAUCUAACAAGUAAUAUCUAACAAUUUCACAACAUAUACCCAAUACACACAAAUCUAAGUAAGGAAUGAAUUAGGAAUACAUAUAUGGACGAGCGAUGUCAGAGCGACAUGGACUAAGAUACAGUAGAAUAAUAUAGAAUACAGUAUAUACAGUGGGGAAAAAAAGUAUUUAGUCAGCCACCAAUUGUGCAAGUUCUCCCACUUAAAAAGAUGAGAGAGGCCUGUAAUUUUCAUCAUAGGUACACGUCAACUAUGACAGACAAAUUGAGAAAAAAAAAUCCAGAAAAUCCCAUUGUAGGAUUUUUAAUGAAUUUAUUUGCAAAUUAUGGUGGAAAAUAAGUAUUUGGUCACCUACAAACAAGCAAGAUUUCUGGCUCUCACAGACCUGUAACUUAUUCUUUAAGAGGCUCCUCUGUCCUCCACUCGUUACCUGUAUUAAUGGCACCUGUUUGAACUUGUUAUCAGUAUAAAAGACACCUGUCCACAACCUCAAACAGUCACACUCCAAACUCCACAAUGGCCAAGACCAAAGAGCUGUCAAAGGACACCAAAAACAAAAUUGUAGACCUGCACCAGGCUGGGAAGACUGAAUCUGCAAUAGGUAAGCAGCUUGGUUUGAAGAAAUCAACUGUGGGAGCAAUUAUUAGGAAAUGGAAGACAUACAAGACCACUGAUAAUCUCCCUCGAUCUGGGGCUCCACGCAAGAUCUCACCCCGUGGGGUCAAAAUGAUCACAAGAACGGUGAGCAAAAAUCCCAGAACCACACGGGGGGACCUAGUGAAUGACCUGCAGAGAGCUGGGAACAAAGUAACAAAGCCUACCAUCAGUAACACACUACGCCGCCAGGGACUCAAAUCCUGCAGUGCCAGACGUGUCCCCCUGCUUAAGCCAGUACAUGUCCAGGCCCGUCUGAAGUGCAUUUGGAUGAUCCAGAAGAGGAUUGGGAGAAUGUCAUAUGGUCAGAUGAAACCAAAAUAUAACUUUUUGGUAAAAACUCAACUCGUCAUGUUUGGAGGACAAAGAAUGCUGAGUUGCAUCCAAAGAACACCAUACCUACUGUGAAGCAUGGGGUUGGAAACAUCAUGCUUUGGGGCUGUUUUUCUGCAAAGGGACCAGGAUGACUGAUCCGUGUAAAGGAAAGAAUGAAUGGGGCCAUGUAUCGUGAGAUUUUGAGUGAAACCCUCCUUCCAUCAGCAAGGGCAUUGAAGAUGAAACGUGGCUGGGUCUUUCAGCAUGACAAUGAUCCCAAACACACCGCCCGGGCAACGAAGGAGUGGCUUCGUAAGAAGCAUUUCAAGGUCCUGGAGUGGCCUAGCCAGUCUCCAGAUCUCAACCCCAUAGAAAAUCUUUGGAGGGAGUUGAAAGUCUGUGUUGCCCAGCGACAGCCCCAAAACAUCACUGCUCUAGAGGAGAUCUGCAUGGAGGAAUGGGCCAAAAUACCAGCAACAGUGUGUGAAAACCUUGUGAAGACUUACAGAAAACGUUUGACCUGUGUCAUUGCCAACAAAGGGUAUAUAACAAAAGUAUUGAGAAACUUUUGUUAUUGACCAAAUACUUAUUUUCCACCAUCAUAUGCCAAUAAAUUCAUUAAAAAUCCUACAAUGUGAUUUUCUGGAUUUUUUUUUCUCAUUUUGUCUGUCAUAGUUGACGUGUACCUAUGAUGAAAAUUACAGGCCUCUAUCAUCUUUUUAAGUGGGAGAACUUGCACAAUUGGUGGCUGACUAAAUACUUUUUUUCCCCACUGUACAUAUGAGAUGAGUAAUGCAAGAUAUGUAAACAUUAUUAAAGUGGCUAGUGUUCCAUCCGUCAACACAUUUGUUUUGCACUGUUCCCAUUAGCGCCCAUUGCGUCUAUUAGCCAUUGACGUAGUGGGGUUAAGGGGGAUGUAUGUUAUUAGGCUUUCCCAGAUCAGUUUGUUCUGUAACAACUCAUAUGGUUGUUGUUAUUCCAAAAGGACAAACAGAUCUGGGACCAGGCACCUAUGACAGGAAAAAUGUUACAUGUGACAACCCAGAGGGAUCAUGUACAGUGCAUUUGAUUGGCCAGACCCUGAAAUAUUUUAAUUGGCCGAGCAGGUUUGUUGCCGGGGUGAUCAGCCGGGAGAGGCUCCCUACCUUUGAGAGGAUGCUGUGGAGAGUGUGCCGCGGCAAUGUCUUUUUACGUCAGGCAGAAAUCGAGGACCCCCUAGAGGACCCCACCACGGUCUGUCAUUUAUGUUUUUUAUAUCUUACUUCAUAUUUAAUACAUUUAUUUUGUUUUUGUUUUGUGUUUUGUCUUGUAAGUUUGUUCUUAUUCUCUACUGUCUUUCGAUUCUUUGUUUAUGUAUUUUUUUAAAAACGUUAUUAUGUAUACACACCUGUCUGUGAUCUGAGCGCCUAACAGGAAGAAAAUGAUAAACUAUAAAAAAGCUGGUUAAAAUUGUUUUUUUUUUCUUUUUUUUCUUUGACACACCAAUAAAGACGAGAAAUAUGGAAACGUAUACACACCCAAGUUUGUGCAACCAAACACCCAAUGAGCCAGGACAACAACAACAAAAAGGAAAUCUCCGUUGUUCAAUCAUUUGUUCCAACGACAGUCACUGCUUGAUUGGUGAGAUGAUUUACUAUUUCUCUCUUACAGGGCGACCAAGUCCACAAGUCAGUCUUCAUCAUCUUUUUCCAAGGCGAUCAGCUGAAGAACAGAGUCAAGAAGAUAUGUGAGGGGUAUGUCACCACCACUAGUCAGUUCCCAGUUCCUCCAUUCAUUUAGCAUUUGAGUGCUGUCAGAAAUUUGGAUAUAUGAGUUCCCGACUCGGAAAUAACCACUAGAACAACCCUUUAAGUCGGGAAACUUGGGCCAGAAUGAUGAUACCCGAGUUUAUGAGUUGUGAUGUUUCAUUAUCUGAUCACGGAACAUUUAAAUGGGAAUAUCUGUUCUAGUCAUUAUAAUUAUAUGGUUACCCUCAGUAUGUGAACUGUUGGUUGUGUGUUCCAGGUUCCGGGCCUCCCUCUACCCCUGCCCCGAGACUCCCCAGGAGAGGAAGGAGAUGGCCGCGGGGGUCAACACCCGUAUUGACGACCUCCAGAUGGUAUGCAAGACAAUGAACACAGUAAAAUAGUGUCACUUAACAAUUUACUGCAGUGGGCAAAAUCAGGGACACACAGUGUUUCUUGGUAGUCAAACAAAUCUACUUUGAAACAAAGGUAUACACCUCACACACAUGGUUAUGGGCUUAAUAAAAAGAAGACACCAGUACCAUGUCAGAUAUAGUUGAAAUGUAUUCCAUUUUGGGUUUGCAUGCCGAUAUUAUACUUUAUGUACAUCACACAAGACUGAAAAAUAACAAAAUAGUUUGACAUAGAAACACCAAAUUUUCAGCGUUACAUUUUUUAAAUGUUUAUUAAUUGCGAAAUGAUUAAGCAUAUUAAUAACAUUCCACCCAUGAGGCCACUAGAGGGCGAUUUGGUCCUUUAACUGCAAGUACUACAGGAGGAGUUGUGACUCUGAUGCAAUCCUAAUAUGGACACCGUACCUAGGGGUAGGCAACUAGAUUCAGCCGGGGGACGAUUUUUGGAUGAGCUGAUGGUUGGGGGCUGCAACAUAACAAUAAUUUCAAACCUUAAUUACGUUGAGACACGAUUACAUAUCAAUUUUUUUAUUCGUGGGAAUAUUUGGGAACAGAGUUCCUAAAUUAAACUUAUUUUUAGCUGGUGAUUUUACCGUUUUCUUUUACACAAAACUAAAAUCAAAAUCAACAGGCGUCCCGUGGGCCGUCUGUUGCCAACCCCUGCCGUACACAUAGACCAAAUAAGUGCCACCUACUGUAGAUUUUCAUAUGGUCGAGCUGAGUAAAAACACCCAAAGCUUGUGAUCUCCUUGAGCCUGUAUGGCUACUAAACUUUCUGUAUUCAUGCAAUCAACAACAAUACAUCAUUGUCUGACAGAAAACAACAAAAUAUAUAUAUUGCACUGACCUGGGCCUUGACCUGAAACACACGUCCUUCGAAAGUUCAGGUGUAGUGGGUGUCUCAAGUCAGACAUUUCUGAUGUAACCCUUCUCCUUUCAACUUGAAGUUAGAAAGUUGAAGUUAGAAAGUUCAUACAAUUUCUAUUUGGCAUGCAACAGCCUAAACAAGUAAUCAUAUACAGUAUCCUCAUAUGAGAAAUUCCCCAUUUUAGACGUCGGUCCUCUGUGUAUGAUGACAUCUACCUGAAUGAUUUAUGGUUUUAGUCAUUAACAUAGACAUUACAGACAUAUUUUUUAAAGAAUACUAAAGAUACACAAAUGUACACUAAUAAAAUAAAAAAGUCUGUGUGUGCAUCUUUCAGUUACACGUAGAUGUCAGUACACAAAAAAAUGUGUAAUAGAGCUAAGCACAGGUAAAAUCAAAUCAAAUCAAAUUGUAUUUGUCACAUGCGGCGAAUACAACAGGUGAUAUGCUUAGUUACAAGCCUUUAACCAACAAUGCAGUUCAAGAAAUAGAGUUAAGAAAAUAUUUACUAAAUAAAAUAAAGUAAAAAAUAAAAUAAAAAGUAACACAAUAAAAUAACAACAACGAGGCUAUAUACAGGGGGUACCGGUACCGAGUCAAUGUGCGGGGGUACAGGUUAGUUGAGGUAAUUUGUACAUGUAGAUAGGGUUAAAUUGACUAUGCAUAGAUAAUAAACAGUGAGUAGAUAGUCCGGGUGGCCAUUAAUUGUUCAACUGUCUUAUGGCUUGGGGGUAGAAGCUGUUAAGGAGCCUUUUGGACCUAGACUUGGCGCUCCGGUACCGCUUUCCGUGCGGUAGCAGAGAGAACAGUCUAUGACUUGGGUGACUGGAGUCUUUGACAAUUUUUUGGGCCUUCCUCUGACACCGCCUGGUAUAUAGGUCCUGGAUUGUCUCAUGGCUUGGAGGUAGAAGCUGUUAAGGAGCCUUUUGGACCUAGACUUGGCGCUCCGGUACCGCUUUCCGUGCGAUAGCAGAGAGAACAGUCUAUGACUUGGGUGACUGGAGUCUUUGACCAUUUUUUGGGCCUUCCUCUGACACCGCCUGGUAUAUAGGUCCUGGAUGGCAGGAAGCUUGGCCCCAGUGAUGCAGUGGGCCGUACGCACUACCCUCUGUAGUGCCUUACGAUCUCAUGCCGAGCAGUUGCCAUACAAGGCGGUGAUGCAACCGGUCAGGAUGCUCUCGAUGGUGCAGCUGUAAAACAUUUUGAGGAUCUGGGGACUCAUGCCAAAUCUUUUCAGUCUCCUGAGGGGGAAAAGGUGUUGUCGUGCCCUCUUCACAACUGUCUUGGUGUGUUUGUACACCAAGGAACUUGAAACUCUCGACCUGCUCCACUACAGCCCUGUCAAUGUUAAUGCGGGCCUGUUCGGCCCUCCUUUUCCUGUAGUCCACGAUCAUCUCCUUUGUCUUGCUCACAUUGAAGGAGAGGUUGUUGACCUGGCACCACACUGUCAGUCUCUGACCUCCUCCCUAUAGGCUGUCUCAUCGUUGUCGGUGAUCAGGCUUACCGCUGUUGUGUCGUCAGCAAACUUAAUGAUGGUGAUGGAGUAGUGCAUGGCCACGCAGUCGUGGGUGAACAGGGAGUACAGGAGGGGACUAAGCACGCACCCCUGAGGGGCCCCAGUGUUGAGGAUCAGCGUGGCAGAACGGUUGUUGCCUACCCUUUCCACCUGGGGGCGGACCAUCAGGAAGUCCUGGAUCCAGUUGCAGAGGGAAGUGUUUAGUCCCAGGGUCCUUAGCUUAGUGAAAAGCUUUGUGGGCACUAUGAUGUUGAACGCUGAGCUGUAGUCAAAUGAACAGCAUUCUCACUUAAUUGUUCCUUUUGUCCAGGGGGGAAAGGGCAGUGUUGAGUGCGAUUGAGAUUGUGUCAUCUGUGGAUCUGUUGGGGCAGUAUGCGAAUUGGAGUGGGUCCAGGGUUUCUGGGAUAAUGGUGUUGAUGUGAGCCACAACCAGCCUCUCAAAGCACUUCAUGGCUACUGACGUGAGUGCUACGGGGCGGUAGUCAUUUAGGCAGGUUACCUUCACUUUCUUGGGCACAGGGACUAUGGUGGUCUGCUUGAAACAUGUAGGUAUUACAGACUUGGUCAGGGAGAGGUUGAAAAUGUCAGUGAAGACACUUGCCAGUUGGUCCGCGCUUGCUCUGAGUGCACGUCCUGUUUGAUGGUUCGUCUGAGGGCAUAGCGGGAUUUCUUAUAAGCGUCCGGAUUAGUGUCCCGCUCCUUGAAAGCGGCAGCUCUAGUCUUUAGCUCGGUGCGGAUGUUGCCUGUAAUCCAUGGCUUCUGGUUGGGAUAUGUACGCACGGUCACUGUGGGGACGACGUUGUCGAUGCACUUAUUGAUGAAGCCGGGACUGAGGUGGUAUACUCCUCAAUGCCAUUGGAUGAAUCCUGGAACAUAUUCUAGUUUGUGCUAGCAAAACAGUCCUGUAGCGUAGCAUCCGUGUCAUCUGACCACUUCCGUAUUGAGCGAGUCAUUGGUACUUCCUACUUUAGUUUUUGCUUGUAAGCAGGAAUCAGGAGGAUAGAAUUAUGGUCAGAUUUGCCAAGUGGAGGGCGAGGGAGAGCUUUGUAUGCGUCUCUCUGUGUGGAGUAAAGAUGGUCUAGAGUUUUUUUCCUCUGGUUGCACAUGUGACAUGCUGGUAGAUAUUAGGUCAAACGGAUUAAAGUCCCCGGCCACUAGGAGUGCCGCUUCUGGAUGAGAAUUUUCUACGAAUAAUAUAGAUGAAAACUCUCUUGGUAGAUAGUGUGGUAGAAGAAAACCUGGUUCAGUCUGCUUGCCAACAGACACCUUUCUGCAGGACAAUAACCUAAAACACAAGGUCAAAUAUACACUGGAGUUGCUUACCAUGACGACAUUGAAUGUUCCUGAGUGGCCUAGUUACAGUUUUGACUUAAAUCUGCUUGAAAAUCUAUGGCAAGACUUGAAAAUUGCUGUCUAGCAAUUAUCAACAACCAACUUGAUAACGCUUGAAGAAUUAAAAAAAGUAUAAUGUGCAAAAAAUUGCUAACAUUUCUAAAAAUAGGUUUUCACUUUGUCAUUAUGGGGUAUUGUGUCGAGAUGGGUGAGAAAAACUAUCGAUUUAAUCCAUUUUGAAUUCAGGCUGUAACACAACAGAAUGUGGAAUAAGUCAAGGAGUAUGAAUACUUUCUGAAGGCACUGUAUGAGAUGGAUUGGAGUUCCAUGCAAUCAGGGCCCAUGAACAGCUAACCAUACACUGUGUGUGUCCCAAAUGGUACACUAUUCCCUAUUUAGUGCACUACUUUUGACAAAGGCCCAAUAGGGUGCCAUUUGGGACGCAUCCACUGUGUUCGCUGGUAAGGGAGGGGCAAUCAUUGUACUCUCUACCUAACCAAACAUCUCAAUGGUGGCGUUCCUGCCUGACUACAUUGCAGAUGCCUGCCAGAUCUCUCAAUGCUUGGAUAGACGCUUACACAUCAAAUAACCACAUCAUAUAAUAUAGCAAUCUGAUUCCCGACUAUGCAGUCGAUGGUGUAGCGCAUAAUCAUUGGUUGAUGCGAUGCAACGUCUUUCAGGUAGGAACGCAACCCUUCACUGUUGCCAGUGAGGGAGUUAUCCAGUUACCCCUUGUUCCGUUCUCAGGCUUGCAUUUGCCAAUACAUCAUUCUUGUUACACAGGGCUUUUGUGUUUGUUUUGUGACAGUGUUGCAUGCUAAUCAACAACAUAUGCAAUGUCAAUCAUAACUUGUCCCAGAAAGCACGACAGGAUGUGUGUGCUUUUGUUAAACACUCCCUGGAUACUGUUGGUUUAAGUCACAAAACGUUCUCGAUGUGGGGAUGUGCACAUGUGCAGUAUCUCAGUACUAGUCGGUAGAGGUAUUUCGCCUUGUAUAACAAUAAUUGUGUUGAACUCUAUCCUUAAAAAAAAAGAAUGUGGUUCUGCUUGAAAGGGAAAACCCUCUGUCCUCCUCUAACCCUGCCCUCCAGUGGAGUCACCGUGCACAAGCUUUAAAUAAUAUAUAAAAACAUCAUACUGGACGUGUCCGAAAUCUGUCUUGCCUAUUACUUACUAAAACUACAUACUGUGUACUAAUCGUACUACAUACUAUUUAGAACGUACUGUUUAGUCAAAAUGAAUGCAGUAAGCAACAAAUAUCAACAUACUAGGCUCACCGUUCCUUAGAAUGCGUCAUCUAAUGUGCAAUUGCGUUGAUUCCCGCAAUUCGUUCAUUUGGUUACAGCGCAUCCCCUUGUCUCAUUAUCAGCUGACUAUCAGCUGUUGUCAAACACACAUGCCUGGAAAGACGAUUCUGUUCCUCAAAAGAUGAAAAGCCGAAGUGAGUAUAACAUCCUGGCAUUUAAAGCAUACUCUAAUUUGGAAAUUUCAUAUACUAUAAAACUUUCUAUUUUCGCAUACCUAAAAUGCCUACUAUUUCGAACGCAAUAAUGGGUAUUCGGACACGGCCUAUAUCUGAACCAACUGAGGCCUGAAGACUUGCGUUAGCUUCCCCGAGAUAAUACCUACUACCUAGGCUUAGCUAACACCAUCAUGUUGGCUGUGCAGGUCCAGAACCAGAUGGACAUUUUUCAUAAUUUAAUCAUUAGUCUGCACCAACGACCUAAAGACUUGCGUUAGCUCCCCCGGAAUAAUACCUAGGCUUUAGCUCAGAGGGCUAACAAAACUCUAUUUUCUCCCUUGCAGGUGUUGAACCAGACGGAAGACCACAGACAGAGGGUGCUCCAGGCUGCAGCCAAGACAAUGAGGGUGUGGUUCAUCAAGGUUAGGAAGAUGAAGGCCAUUUACCACACGCUGAACCUGUGCAACAUCGACGUCACCCAGAAGUGCCUGAUCGCCGAGGUGUGGUGCCCUGUAUCUGACCUGGACUCCAUCCAGUUUGCCCUGCGCCGAGGAACGGUGAGUCGGGUCUGCAAAUCAGAAUGAUUAGAGCUCCGAGGCAGGAAGAUCCUUUUAAUUAAUGACCUCACUUCCUGUUGUUGUUUUGAUGCUGUAAAUUCUGAAUUUCAUACAAGAUGACGAUAUAGGAUAAAGUACUUUGCAUUCUUUAUGAACACCAUUGUAUUUGAGUCGAAUAGAAAUACUUGGAAUUGGACAGAAAUCAUAACAAAGGGAGAAAUUAUAUUGCUAGAUAUCAAAUACAUACAGUAUAUCAUUAUGCAAUUUGUUUUGCCAGGCAAACUAAGCUAACUGCACACAUAUCAAUUUUCACCAGUUCACCCAGAGGUCUAUGGAAAGUACUCUUUCUGUACCCAGUUCUUAUCUAAAGCUAAAUGAAAUUACAGGAAUAGGCAAACGUUGAUGUAAUGUUAUCAUGUAGCCAAAUACAACAAUGGUUCUGCCCAGUCUGUGGUCUGCAAAACUGACCUGGUGUCUGUUCCUUCUGCCAUUACUCAUUGGUCUUCGUGAUGUGGCAGCCUCCUCACUGAGUCAUCUGAAAAUAUGAAAAUGGUGUUUGUGUAUUGGCUGUAUCAGGUUUGUAAUGGGCUUGCAAAGGUGAAUUGGCAUUUGUCAGGUAAUUCUGGUAUAGGGUGGUUGCCCCUAGAUGCUGAUCUUGGGUCAGAUUUGCAUUUUCCUCACUAAUGGUUAAGGUUAAGAUUGUGGGAAGGGAAGCUGAUCCUAGAUCUGUACCUAGGGCAAACUUCACCCCGUAGCGGUGACUCUUUGGCUUGGUGUGUUUUACAGGAGAGGAGUGGCUCCACAGUGCCCUCCAUUCUCAACAGGAUGACCACCAAGCAGACUCCGCCCACCUUCAACAAGACCAAUAAGUUCACCUCUGGAUUCCAGAACAUUGUGGACGCCUACGGGAUCGGAAAUUACCGAGAGAUCAAUCCAGGUGACAUACAAGUCCACACUGUGUGCCUCUGUGUUGUUGUUGUUGUGUCUUUCUGUCGUCGUUGUUGUGUCUAUGUGUGCUGUUGUGUCUAUAUGUGUUGUUGUGUCUUUCUGUCAUUGUUGUUGUUGUUGUUGUGUCUAUGUGUGCUGUUGUGUCUAUGUGUGUUGUUUUGUCUGUCUGUUUUGUUGUGUCUAUAUAACUGUUAUGUCUCUGUGUGUUAUGUCUCUUGUGUUGUUUUGUCUCUCGUGUUGUUGUGUCUUUCUCUGUAUCUUGUUGUUGUUUUCCCCCAUGUCAUUGUGUUGUGCUGUCCACUGCACUGUGUCUUACUGUGUGCUCCUUCCUACAGCACCGUACACCAUCAUCACUUUCCCCUUCCUGUUUGCGGUCAUGUUCGGGGACAUGGGUCACGGUGUGCUGAUGACCUGCGCCGCCCUCUACCUGGUCAUCCGAGAGAGCCGCAUCCUCUCGCAGAAGACUGACAACGAGGUAUGGCCCACCAAGAGUGCCGAUGACAUUGGGUGCGUCCCAGUAAUAUCUCCUUUCUCCUGAAGUGUGCACUACUUCCCACAAACCUAAAAGCAUUGGAUUGGGGGAGGAAUGGGCUAGAGGGAGGUUCCACCAUGUUUCUUAUACCACUCAGUUCCUUUAAAGUCAGUGAAGGGAUGUGAGCAAGUGCACACUUUGGGAGGAAGGCGAUAAUUAGGCCAAUGUAUUGUAGAUUUCAUUUGGCAAACUACCCUCUCUUGUACAGUAGGCUACAGUACAUAACUUUGGCCAAUUUAAGUAAUGUUUUAGUGUUUGAUGUAGUUGAGUGUUGAAUGAUGGUUGGUACAGGCGUUGAUGGAUGCAGACAUUCUUUACCAGGUGAGGCCACGGUCGUGUUCAUUAGGGUACGCAACAGAAAACAUUUUCCAACGUUUUGCAAAGGGAAAUGAAAAUGAGUGUUUCUUAUUGGACUGGUCCAGGUAGUCGCUCUCUGUUUCAGUCCGUUUUCUUCCUUUCUGUGCUCAAUGAACAUGACCCAGGUCAGUGCUCCAAUGUGUGUUCAUACUCUCCCUGCCCUGGCAGAUGUUCAACAUGAUAUUCGCUGGACGCUACAUAAUCCUGCUGAUGGGAAUCUUCUCUGUCUACACCGGUAUCAUCUACAACGAUUGCUUUUCCAAAUCCCUCAACAUGUUUGGCUCCGGUUGGAGUGUCCGGCCCAUGUUCAGCCCCAAGGGAGCCAACUGGACGUAAGUUAUCCGUCGAUCAGUCAGUUAACUGUCCAAACUAUAAAUCCAUCAAUAACCAACCAAUCACUCACGCGAUUUCGCGACAGCCAAUUGGGAGAGGGCAGUUCUUGGUAACAAGCUUUGACAUUAGCUAACAACAAAAGGAUACACACACUACGGGAGAUCUCCAAAGCUCGAUUGCUGUUUAACGCAUUGUUCAAAAACAAUACUCAAACUUUCAUACCGGUUAAUGUAGUAGCAGGGUCAUUCCACAAAAUGAGUCCUUUCUGUGUAGUAUAACCUGGUGAAAACAUUUUAAUUAACCUAAUUUUAUAAUUCUGUCAUGACGAGCGGAUGUUAAACUCGUCUGAAGUUGGUAACGCUGAUGUGCCAACUUCUGUCUGUAGCGUCCGAACCGUUUGAGAUACAAACUAAUAUGACCCCACUAUGGAAAGGGGAGACAUUUCUCAGUUUUUGCUCUAAUGACCCCCACGGGACUCGUCUGAAGGUAACCCAUUCAAACGAAUGUAAGUAUGGAGGUAGUUUUGUGGCAACAAAAAUAAGGGGUUAAAUAUGUGUCCAAAAAAACAAAAAUAUUUUCCUGAACUUUCUUAUAUCUCCUAGAUAUAGGACAGACACAUCAAAACCUUAUUCCUUAUGAUUUAUUUUUUGACUGUCUUUUUUGCCAUUUAUGAAUGUGUAAUUCAAUGUAUUUCUAGGCGCUACAGUAGUAAAGGCCAAAUUCAAUAUUUGAUCAAAUAAUAUUUUAUUUUAUUAUUAUUAUUAUAAAAAAAUUUUGCCCCUUUUUCUCCCCAAUUUCAAUCUUGUCUCAUCGCUGCAAAUGCCUCCUGUGCUCCCCAAAGGGCACAGGAGGCGAAGGUUGAGUCAUGCGUCCUCCGAAACAUGACCCGCCAAACCGUGCUUCUUUACACCUGCCCGCUUAACCCGGAAGCCAGCCGCACCAAUGUGUCGGAGGAAACACCGUUCAACUGACGACCGGGGUCAGCCUGCAGGCGCCCGACCCGCCACAAGGAGUCGCUAGAGCGCGAUGAGCCAAGUAAAGCCCCCCCGGCCAAACACUCCCCUAACCCUAAUAUUGGUGCACGUUCCAGCAAUGCAUAAUAUAAACCCCUUAUGUAUACUGUAUGUCAAUGAUAGCAACACUCUGCAAAUUGUUCACUUCGAUUGUCUAUAAUCUAUCUAGGUUUGAAACUCUCAAUGAAAAUAAGGUGCUGCAGCUGGACCCAGCCGUGCCAGGUGUCUUCAAUGGCCCCUAUCCACUGGGUAUAGACCCGGUAAGUCUUUCUGUCUGUCUGACUAUUAUAUUGUCCGUCUCUCUGUCUCUCUGUGUCUGUCUUUCUGUCUAUCUAUCUGCACCUACCGGGAGUCGUACAAUGAGAGCCAGUGUGUGCCACUUAAAAAUAUGGAUUUGCUUGCGUCUACCUCUCUUUAUCUAUGCCUCUUCUUUGUGAUCUUCAGAUCUGGAACAUUGCCACCAACAAGUUGACCUUCCUCAACUCCUUCAAGAUGAAGAUGUCUGUGAUCCUGGGAGUGAUCCACAUGAUGUUUGGCGUCUCUCUCAGCCUGUUCAACCACCUGUACGUACCCCUCUGUGUUUAAUGCUGUAUGUGUCUGUAUGUCCUUUUACCUGUAAACCAGAGCGCCAAAGACAAAGGUCCAUUUGUGAAAACGUAAUGGACAAUAAUGUUGUUCUCUUCUCCUCUUCUCAUAUCUUCUGUUCUCUUACUGUGGGCCAGGUACUUCAAGAAGCCCCUGAACAUCUUCCUGGGCUUCAUCCCUGAGAUUGUCUUCAUGGCCAGCCUGUUCGGCUACCUCAUCAUCCUGGUCUUCUACAAGUGGACAGCCUAUGACGCUUUCACCUCCAAGGACGCGCCCAGCCUUCUCAUUGCCUUCAUCAACAUGUGUCUCUUCAACUACGGCGACGUCACGAACAAGCCUCUCUACCGGGGACAGGUGUGACCGGGGGACCCUUCCCUCCCUCCCUCCUUCCCUCUGUCUCUCCUAGGUACUCUGGUCCCUUUGCUGCCCAGUGGAAUAUGGGGCUGGGUCUCAAUAGUGACUCAAAAUGUUACUUCCUCUCCUCGCCUUCUUUCUUUCAUCUGCUCCCAUCAGAAAGAACUUAACAGAUGAGAAGAUAGACCCUUGAGGUGUGCCUGUUACGACGUGCCUGUUCUCUCUCUCGCUCAGACCAGUACAAUCGAAGGAACAGGAAAGGAGGUCACUAUUCUAGGCUAUUGGGGCGCAGCCAGGGUCCCGGAGAGCGAGUUAGCAUUUGUCUCUGAUAAGGAUCCAUGUCCCCAAUAUGUUGUCUGUUAACGUUCUCUCUGUUUGUCAUCUAUAGAUGGGGAUCCAGAUUGUUUUGGUGCUGAUUGCCCUUGCAUGUGUUCCCUGUAUGCUGAUAGUGAAAACUAUGGUGCUUCGGCGCCAGCACCUGUGGAAAAAGCACCUGGUAUGUUCAUCAGAUCUAACCUUUAACCUUUACGACUCUUGUUGAUGACCUGUUUUCUUUCGCUUUUUUCGUGGCCAUUAAUUUCUAUGGACUGUAUGUUGUAUUUCUGUAAUGUCGUGCUUGGUUGUGUUUUGCCAUACAAUGAUGCUUAAAGCAUGCCUUGGAAAAGCUGUGAAGUAAAACAAGUUGAUUUACUUUGCUAUAUUUUGAUAAAAGAUUACAAAGAGAUUAGAAAUCAUAAGCUGCAUGUAAAACAUUUUAUUUAUUUUGUUAUUUGAUUAACACAGGGCUAGCUUUGCUUGUUUGGCAUAUUAGGGGCACCUAACAAGUCUACAAUUUGUACAAUAUUCCCCAUAAUUUAAAAUGUUUUCUAUAUAUUUUACAUGGAUUUUUUUCAACGUUUUGUACAUUUAUUUUGCAUACAUCAUUUUAAUUUUUGCAUAUAUUUUACAUAUUUUUUAUAUCGAUCCGCUUGUUGGGUGCCCCCCUAAGUGCCAAACGCAAACGUAACACCCCAAGGCGUGCUUUAAGCCAGACACAGAUCUUGUGGCUUUUGUAUCUAGUCACAGAAGAGGGAAGAAUGCCCUGCAGAGAAUCUAGAGCAAUCUUUAGAGCAAACAGGCGUGUCCUCAUCAACCGGACUCACCCAACAGGGCACACAGAAAUUUGGAGGGGUGCGGGUGGGCAACGGGCCCACGGAGGACGAAGCUGGCAUCAUGGACCACGACGCGCUCUCACAGCACUCUGAGGAUGGAGACGAGGUGAGCCAAGGGGUUAACUGACUACGUUCUUUCAGACAUUUUAGCUCUGAAGUACCAUAUUUUCAUUCUGAAAGAUCAUACAUUUUUUUCAGAGCUGGAAAUCUGUCAUCUGUUUUUCUCUCAGUUUAGAAUAGAAUCUUAUCUCUUUUCCCAUUUCGGACAUUUCUUCCUUCUGCCAUUCUAAAACAUGGAUUAUUACCUUUCUCAUUUUCAAACGUUGUAUAUCUUUCUCAUUACAAAUCACCACAUUCCUCUCUCAUUUGAAAUCGUCCCAUUCUUUAUCACACCAUUUAAGACCUCUCGUUCAUAGCCACAGUAUAGAACACUGGAUCUUCCUCUCAAACCAUUUGAAACCCUUUAAAUUAAUGAGUCUGUGGACCUUUACGGCAUUUGUGGUUACGGCAUUUGUGGUAUCUUUGCAGACUACUACACGUACUGCCUCACUCUAUUCCUUAUGCAGCAGCUCUGAUUUUCUAUAGCCUGUCACAGCUACACAAAACCCAUUAAUUUACCCUCACUACAUCAUCUUCCUCUUAGACGUUUGUAUCAAAUAGCAGCGCUUUUUUCUGUGUGUUGUUGAGUGAAGGGGGGAAUGUGGGCACAAGUGAGGAGAGGGGGGAUGGAAUGGAAGAGAUAAGAAAUUGAUUUUCCGCUUCACAGUGGGUUCAGAAAAGUAAACAGUGAGGUGAUUUUGCAUGAGAACCAGCCUCAGUGAGUCAUUGCAUUAGGGAAUGGAAUUUGGAAAAUAUUGUUUGAGUCAGAGGUUCUGGGGUUUUUCAUGAAGGCCUAAUGUUACAUUAUAAAUCCUGGUAAGAGGUUUGUUUUUACGGAGAAAGUGUACUUGAUAGUCCUAUAAGAGUAUACUUUGAUGAUUUCUUAUGAAAAGGUUUGGAGGUUUACUAAAAAUAGCUGGCUUGUUUUGUAAUACCAACUAUGACUACUAUGAAAUGUGAUCAUGCACUGUGUUCAAGAUGAUAUAACUUCAAUGUGGGUGUUGGGAGCAUCUUUAAAAAUUGAAAAUAAAUCACUGGAAGUCCAACCAGGCAUUCUCUGGCACCUCUUCCGAAAGUUUAAACAUUUAGCAAAAAUGCUGGAUUAACUGAAAGUGUUAUUUUGUUGUCGCAAAGAGCCAUUGCAUGUAAUGUAAUGCAUGCUAUUCAUUUCUUAGUGAUCAUUUUUGCCAUCAUGAUAGUCAUAUAACAAAUUGCUUCCUGAACCCUGCCACUAACCUUUGACCUCUGCUUACUUUCAAGCAUGCAGAGGAGGAACCGGUAAGAGCCAGGCCGUGCAUCCCAGCAUGCUGUGCGUCUGUCUGUCCCCAAUGGCAGUAUUCUGUUUACCCAACCUGCCUAUCUACCCACUCUCUGUCAACUGCCCAAGAAUGGUGUGUGUGUGUGUGUGUGUGUGUGUGUGUGUGUGUGUGUGUGUGUGUGUGUGUGUGUGUCAAGGCAAGUCUAUCAAAACCAGUUUUGAUUGGAUUCCCUUUCAUUAACUGACAUUUAGCCAUGCUGGUCUACCAUCUGAUUGCUCACUUUUAAUUUUUUUCUCUAGCUCCUCACCAGUCCUCAGUCCAUCCUUCCCCACCAAUGUGAAUUGAGAUAUCAAAAAGGCAUAAUUUUGCUGUGCUGUAAUGUUUUGCUAUUGAUAUCAGGAUGUUGGAUGAAAACCAUUAUCCGAGCUAUUCGGCUCCUUCCAUUUGCCAUUACAACAUGUACUGUACAGGAGUGUUGUUUUCCUUAGCAAAUCAUGUUGGAAGCCCUUUUCAAGUAGAACAAUGAGAGCCAGCGCCGGCUUUUCCGUGAACUGUGGGCCGAUCGAAGGACAAAAGAGAGGGAUGGAAAAAGGAAGCCUUGCCCUUGCCAAGCUAAACUGAAUGAUUUUGAUUCUCAUGUUUUUCACAUCUCAUACACAAGGGAAGAAAGCCACAUUACCAGUAGUUAUGGAUAGAUUAGAUAAAGCAACCUAAUGAGGUACGAUUCACUCAGUAUGGAAUUACAGCAUACUUACAGUCAACUGUAAAGUGAAUUUGAACAGCACCAGCCAGAGUCAUGUUCAGUAGGGCACACUGUAACAAAAACUUUUUGCAAUGGAAAACGAAAAUCUUUGUUUUUAUUAGACAAGCUCAGGUUUCUUUCCUUUUUACUCUCUUUCAAAUCGUUUUUCUUCUGUUUUGUUCCUACUGACCAUGACCAAGCCUAGGUCUGUGUAGCUUCCAGUGGAAUGACCAUUGUUAAUAGUAGACAUCUAGUUUCCAGUGGAAAGAGCAUUGAUCUUAGAAUGCAUCCCUGAUGCGCACCUCCUCUCUCUGCAGUUUGACUUUGGAGAUGUGGCGGUCCACCAGGCCAUCCACACCAUAGAAUACUGCCUGGGCUGCAUCUCCAACACUGCCUCCUACCUGCGACUCUGGGCCCUCAGUCUGGCCCAUGCACGUGAGUGUUACACACUACACACACGUGAAUAUACUGUGCACAUGCAUCUACGUACUCUGUGUACCUAGAAAUGCGCGCAUGCACACACACACAGAAUAGACACACACUCAUAACACAAGCAUAAUGCACAUGCAAUACUGUUCACUUUGAUCUCUCAAUUACUCAAUCAUGCACAUACUACAUUAAGACAAGAGGGUUGACACUAAUUGGUGGAUAACGACCUACUGGUAGAAGGAACACCGUAUAUCUCUCACUCCUCACCUCCCUAUCUCCUGUCUGUCUCCUUUCUUUCUUUCUUUCUUUCUUUCUUUCUUUCUUUCUUUCCUCUUUCUUUCUUUCUUUCUUUCUUUCUUUCUUUCUUUCUUUCUUUCUUUCUUUCUUUCUUUCUUUCUUUCUUUCUUUCCACAGAGCUGUCGGAGGUGCUGUGGACCAUGGUGAUGCACCUGGGCCUAUCCUCCAGGAGCGGGGGCGGCUUCUUCGGCCUGUCAAUCAUCUUUGCGGCCUUCGCCAUGCUCACUGUGUGCAUCCUGCUCAUCAUGGAAGGCCUGUCCGCCUUCCUGCACGCGCUCCGUCUGCACUGGUGAGUCUCAAACACACACGUACACACUACACAUAUACAGUGCCUUCAGAACGUAUUCUUACCCUUUCACUUAUUCCACAUUUUGUUGUGUUACAGCCUGAAUUGAACAUUUAAUGACAAAGUGAAAACAUGUUUUUAGAAAUGUUUGCAAAUUGAUUGAAAAUGAAAUACUGAAAUAUUCACAACCCUGAGUCAAUACUUUGUAGAAGCCAUACUUUGUAGCGUCUUUCUGGGUAUUUCUCUAAGAACUUUCUACACCUGCCCAUUAUUAUUUUCAAAUUCUUCAAGCUCUGUCAUAUUGGUUGUUGAUCAUUGCUAGACAACCAUUUUCAGGUUUUGACAUAGAUUUUCAAGUAAAUUUAAAUCAAAACUGUAACUCAGCCACUCAGGAACAUUCACUGUCUUCUUGGUAAGCAACUCCAGUGUAGAUUUGGCCUUGUGUUUUAGGUUAUUGUCCUGCUGAAAGGUUAAUUAAUUUCCCACUGUCUAGUGGAAAGUAGACUGAACCAAGUUUUCCUCUAGGAUUUUGCCUGUGCUUAGCUCCAUUCCAUGUAUUUUUUAUCCUGAAACACUCACCAGUCCUAAAUGAUUACAAGCAUACCCAUAACAUGAUGCAGCCACCACUAUGCUUGAAAAUAUGGAGAGUGGUACUCAGUAAUGUAUCCUAUUGGAUUUGCCCCAAACAUAACACUUUGUAUUCAGGACAAAAAGUGAAUUGCUUUGCCACAUUUUUUGCAGUGUGAUAUGUGUGGGGUACAGAGAUGAGUUAGUCAUUCAGAAAUCAUGUUAAACACUAUUAUUGCACACAGAGUGAAUCCAUGCAACUUAUUAUGUGACUUGUUAAGCACAGUUUUACUCCUGCUCUUAUUAAGCUUGCCAUAACAAAGGGGUUGAAUACUUAUGACUCAAGACAUUUCAGCUUUUCAUUUUUUAUUAAUUUGUAAAAAAUUCAAAAAACAUAAUUUCACUUUGACAUAUUGUGUAAAGGCCUGUGAAAAAAAUCUCAAUUUAAUCCAUUUUAAAUUCAAGCUGUAACACAACAAAAUGUGGAAAAAGUCAAGGGGUGUGAAUACUCUCUGCAGACACUGUACGUGUGCACACACACAUUGGGUAUACACACGCACACGCACACAGACACCCACACACACACAUUACACACACACACGUACACACACACAUAGACACUUACAGUCCACACACACACAAGAUGACAGACUCUGUAUACCGUAUCCAUGGCCCUGCGCAACCUCCAAAUUCCUUCAGUUCAUGUAGUGACUUGUGUUGCCGCCUCACUUGUAAUCCCUUGGGGUCUGCUCAUCUGUUUUCGUGUAAACUCACAGGAGAGCACACAUGGUCGGGAGGAGGAGUGGAGUGUGGAAUGCGAUGGGUAAAGACUCACAGAGUGAAUCCAGUGCCUUAGCAGAGGGGGGCGUGCCACUGACUGAUGAUCCAGUUCACAGCCCCCACAGUCUAUCUUGUUUGCAUCCCAAAUGGCACCCUAUUCCCUACAUAAUCCAAUACUUCUGACCAGGGCCCAUAUGUAGGGAAUAGGGUGCCAUUUGGGAUGCAAACUAACUGUCCAGUCUUCAUGCGAUACUCCAUUUUUCACUUUCUCUGAAGUGCCCUUUUCCCCCUGAGUUUUCCAGGGCUAGAGGUCAUAUGGAAAAAUAGCUCUGCGCAGUGUAACCAAAUAGACAGAGACUGUAGGUAGACAGGCGAGGGGCUAUCUUUUUAAGGGUUGAAGAACGAAAUAAACAAAAAACUCACUAUGGUUCUUUUUUACUUUGUUAGUGGUCUAUCUUUCUUAGGUAAAGGUUUUUGGCAUGUUACGUAAAGAGUUGGGUUUAUUUUCUUAAAACCUUCCUCGUCUGGCACUGGCUAAUAAGCACUAAUGACCAGCUUACCUCAUGGUUGGGAAAUGAGGUAUAGGAGAGUGUGUUUUUGUUGGAUGCCAGUAUGAGCUUAAUGCCUUACGCCUGCCUGCCUGCCUUUGUACUGUAGUCUGUCAGUGUUGGUACAGUGCUGUACCGCUCUCUCUCCCAAACAUCAGUCAGUCUGUCAGCUCCUUAAAAUGGCCUCCAGGGAAAUGCUAUGUAGACCACAUCACAUAAAGAAUGGGAUGCAUUCUAAAUGGCAACCAAUUCCCUAUAGUGCACUACUUUUGACCAGGACCGCAGAAAAAGUUGUGUUUCUGUGUUUUGUGUCAUAUUGUACAACAGCUGCUGAAACUUUCUCAAGCAAGAAUUGUGCUAGGAAUGGGGAGGGGAAAACUGAAAACUAUCUGUUAUUGGCAGAGAGGUUUGGAACUCUCUUUCUUAUUGGUCUAUUAAUUAAUUUAACUGGUGAUGCCACCAGUCAGGCCAUAACUCCAUCCCACCAAAACAGGCUGACAUUUCAGGCAGUCUUUUCAAACAGCUCUUGCACUAAAAAGGCAUUAUCAUAAUUUUCACAAUUUCACAGUAUUAUUCCAACAUCAUAGUGUGGAAAUAUACUGUAUAUAAAACACAGGAAAAUCAAGUCAUUGACUGCACUGGGUCUUUAAAUGCUGCCCUCUCAACUCAGACAGCUAAAUAUUUGCUGUGGUGGUUGGACAUUCCUUGGUGCUUCCCGUGCUUCCCUCGUAUGGCUGUCAGCUGAGGCCGGAGAGGAGGAGCGGGAAUUGGGAAUCCACUCUUUGUUUUUUCAAUGCAUCAAGACAUCAGGGCUGUGUCCCAAAUGGCACCCUAUUCCCUACAUAUUGCUCUGCAGUACUUUUGACCAUGGCCCAUAGAUCUCUGGUCAAAAAUAGUGCAAUAUAUAAGGAAUAGGGUGCCAUUUGGGACACAGCCCAGAAAGGGGGACUCUACCAGAGCCUGACCUUGUUCGUUUAACUCUGAAGUAUCUCACCUUGGCUUUCGGUAACUUGUAAACAUGUAAACAUUGAAGUGAACUUCUAAAUUGGUCAGCAGAGGAGGGAGGAAAGAUUGAGUUUUUGGGUGCACAGAGACCAGAGUCAUUACGUAAAGGUGGUCAGUGUGUGUUACAUUGGUCUGGGUUUACUGAUGAUUCUGACAAUAACGUCCAUAGCCUAUAUAAUUCGAAGCAUGCACCAUUGAUUUUUCUGUUCCUGGUGCCAUAUGAAAAAUACCACAAACGUCCAAAAUAUAAUCUUUCAUAAUGAAUUGAAUUUUAAUAUCUGGUUGGGUUGGUUUGCAGUUCCAGUGUACGGUCGUGGUCAAACGUUUUGAGAAUGACACAAGUAUUGGUCUUCACAAAGUUUGCUGCUUCAGUGUUUUUAGAUAUUUUUGUCAGAUGUUACUAUGGUAUACUGAAGUAUAAUUACAAGCAUUCCAUAAGUGUCAAAGGCUUUUAUUGACAAUUACAUGAAGUUUAUUAAAGAGUCAAUAUUUGCAGUGUUGACCCUUCUUUUUCAAGACCUCUGCAGUCCGCCCUGGCAUGCUGUCAAUUAACUUCUGGGCCACAUCCUGACUGAUGGCAGCCCAUUCUUGCAUAAUCAAUGCUUGGAGUUUGUCAGAAUUUGUAGGUUUUUGUUUGUCCACCCGCCUCUUUAGGAUUGACCACAAGUUCUCAAUGGGAUUAAGGUCUGGGGAGUUUCCUGGCCAUGGACCCAAAAUGUCGAUGUUUUGUUCCCCGAGCCACAUAGUUAUCACUUUUGCCUUAUGACAAGGUGCUCCAUCAUGCUGGAAAUGGCAUUGUUCGUCACCAAACUGUUCUUGGAUGGUUGGGAGAAGUUGCUCUCGGAAGAUGUGUUGGUACCAUUCUUUAUUCAUGGCUGUGUUCUUAGGUAAAAUUGUGGGUGAGCCCACUCCCUUGGCUGAGAAGCAACCCCACACAUGAAUGGUCUCAGGAUGCUUUACUAUUGGCAUGACACAGGACUGAUGGUAGCGCUCACCUUGUCUUCUCCGGACAAGCUUUUUUCUGGAUGCCCCAAACAUCAGAAAGGGGAUUCAUCAGAGAAAAUGACUUUACCCCAGUCCUCAGCAGUCCAAUCCCUGUACCUUUUGCAGAAUAUCAGUCUGUCCCUGAUGUUUUUCCUGGAGAGAUGUGGCUUCCUCGUGCCCUUCUUGACACCAGGCCAUCCUCCAAACGUCUUCACCUCACUGUGCGUGCAGAUGCACUCACAUCUUCCUGCUGCCAUUCCUGAGAAGGGCUGCACUGGUGGUGCCCAGAUCCCGCAGCUGAAUCAACUUUAGGAGAUGGUCCUGGCGCUUGCUGGACUUUCUUGGGCGCCCUGACGCCUUCUUCACAACAAUUGUACCUCUCUCCUUUAAGGUCUUGAUGAUCCGAUUGUCACGAUUGUCUUCCAAAGGAGUAGACCAAUACGCAGCGUGUUGAGCGAACAUGAUAGACUUUAUUAAUUAAAGUACCAAAACAAAUAGACGAAUCGUAAAGUCCACAGUAACAAAGACUGACAAGGAACAAAAACCCACAAACACAAAGUGAAACACAGACAGUUAAAUAUGGCUCCCAAUCAGAGACAACCAGCACACAGCUGACACUCGUAGCCUCUGAUUGGGAGUCAUUCAUUCAAACAUAGAAACAAACCCAACAGAAAUACCAACAUAGAAAUACACCCAAUGAAUGAACACACCCUGGCUCAACAUACAGAGUCCCGGAGCCAGAGCGUGACAGUACCCCCCCCUAAAGGCGCGGACUGCGACCGCGCCUCAAUACGGGCUAAACAAGGGAGGGCUGGGUGGGCAUACCUCCUCGGCGGUGGCUCUGGCUCCGGCCUUGAUCCCCACCUCCUCUCCAACCCCCCAAAGUACCCCUGGUCCUGUCUAGCCCCGUUGGCCGGAGCCGGACUGACGACACGCGCCUCUGGCUUGGUGCGUGGAGGACGAACGGGCCUUACCAGGCUGACGACGCACACCGUAGGCCUGGCGCGUGGAGCAGGGACAGGCCGGACCGGGCUGACGAAGCGCACCCCUGACUUGGUGCGGAGAGCAGGAACGGGCCGGACAGGGCUGACGAAACGCACCACAGACUUGGUGCGUGGAGCAGGAACGGGCCGGGCAGGGCUGUCGACGCACACCGUAGACUUGGUGCGUGGAGCAGGAACAGGCCGGGCAGGGCUGUCGACGCACACCGUAGACUUGGUGCGUGGAGCAGGGACAGGCCGGACCGGGCUAUGGAGACGGAUAGGAGACCUGGAGUGAAGAGCUGCCACAACCCGUCCUGGCUGGAUGCCUACCUUCACACACUCUGUGUGAGGCAUCAGCACAGGACGUACAGGGCUGUGUACCCGUACUGGCAUAACAGCACGUGACACUGGCGCAGGAUAUCCGGGACCGAGGAGAGGCACUGGAGGCCGCGAGCGCUGAGCCGGCACACUCCGUCCUGGCUGCAUGCCCACCUUCGCACAACACGUGCGGGGUGCUCGCACAGGACGUACCGGACUAUGCCGGACCACUCGCGGCACAGUGCGCAUCUCCGCACUCCGCGGAACCUGCCCAGUCUCAUGCUGCCAUGCCUGAGUACGGGGAGUUGGCUCUGCUCUCCAUCCAGGCUCCGCCAACCUGCCUUCUGGCCCCCAAAACCCGGUGGCCUUCUCUCCUCUUCUCCUAUUUCGCCCUGUGGCAGCCUCCUGCUGCCCAGUCGCCCAUGCCGUGUGCCCCCCCCUAAAAAAUUAUUGGGGGUGCCUCUCGUCCGUCCGACGAUGGCACUGCUGACGCCGCUGCUCCUCUCCUGCCUGGGUCUCCCCCUUCAUAGCCCUCCGGUACCGGACGGCCUCCUCCUCGGUGAUCUGCCCCCAACCGAGGAGGACAUCCACCAGAGUCACCUCCUGCGUGUGUUCCUGGACACGCUGCUUGGUCGUUGUAUGGUGGGUUUUUCUGUCACGAUUGUCUUCCAAAGGAGUAGACCAAUACGCAGCGUGUUGAGCGAACAUGAUAGACUUUAUUAAUUAAAGUACCAAAACAAAUAGACGAAUCGUAAAGUCCACAGUAACAAAGACUGACAAGGAACAAAAACCCACAAACACAAAGUGAAACACAGACAGUUAAAUAUGGCUCCCAAUCAGAGACAACCAGCACACAGCUGACACUCGUAGCCUCUGAUUGGGAGUCAUUCAUUCAAACAUAGAAACGAACCCAACAGAAAUACCAACAUAGAAAUACACCCAAUGAAUGAACACACCCUGGCUCAACAUACAGAGUCCCGGAGCCAGAGCGUGACACCGAUAAAUGGUUGAUUUAGGUGCAAUCUUACUAGCAGCAAUAUCCUUGCCUGUGAAACCCUUUUUGUACAAAGCAAUGAUGACGGCACGUGUUUCCUUGCAGGUAACCAUGGUUAACAAUGGAAGAACAAUGAUUUCAAGCACCACCCUCCUUUUAAAGCUUCCAGUAUGUUAUUCUAACUCAAUCAGCAUGACAGAGUGAUCUCCAGCCUUGUCCUCGUCAACACUCUCACCUGUAUUAACGAGAGAAUCACUGACAUGAUGUCAGCUGGUCCUUUUGUGGCAGUGCUGAAAUGCAGUGGAAAUGUUUUUUGGGGGAUUAAGUUCAUUUUCAUGGCAAAGAGAGACUUUGCAAUUAAUUGCAAUUGAUCUGAUCACUUUUCAUAACAUUCUGGAGUAUAUGCAAAUUGCCAUCAUAGAAACUGAGGCAGCAGACUUUGUGAAAAUUAAUAUUUGUUUCAUUCUCAACUUUUGACCAUUACUGUAGAUGAGGACAGGAAUGUUAAGACGUGAAGGGUCUCGUCUGGUCGUCUGGUCGUCUGCCUCUGGAUGCUGUGCUUAUUUUGGCCAUAUUUGGUCACCCACCGCUCUGAUAGCACGUUCCAUUCCAGGACGUUGCCUCCUAGGCGGCAGGUAACCUAGCGGUUAGAGAGGCGAGCCAGCAACCGGAGGGUUGCCAGUUUGAAUCCUGGGUCUGACGGGAAAAAUCUGCCGAGAAGUGAGAGCUGGCAACCGGAAGGUUGCAAAACUCUUAACCCCCCCCACAACAACAGCUCCCUGGGCGCCCAGUGUGGCAGCCCCCCACACCUCUCCAAAACCUGUCUAUAGAAAGUGCCUUUAGAAAGUAUUCACACCCCUUGACUUUUUCCACAUUGUGUUGUGUUACAAAGUGGGAUUAAAAUGAAUUUAAUUGUUUUUUAAAAGUCAACGAUCGCCACAAAAUACUCUGUAAUGUUAGAGUGGAAGAAAAACUCUCUAUAUUUUUGUUAAUUCAUGGAAAAUAAAACACUAUCUUGAUAAGAUAAGUAUUCAACCCCCUGAGUCAAUACAUGUUAGAAUCACCUUUGACAGCUAUUACAGCUGUGAGUCUUUCUGGGUAAGUCUCUAAGAGCUUUGCACACCUGGAUUGUGCAAUAGUUUCCCAUUAUUCUUUCAAAUAUUUGUCAAACUCUGUCAUGUUGGUUGUUGAUCAUUGCCAUUUGCCAUAGAUUUUCAAGCCAAUUUAAGUCAAAACUGUAACUAGGCCACUCAGGAACAUUCAAUGUCGUCUUGGUAAGCAACUCCAGUGUUACAGUUUUCUCUGCUAGUUUAUUGAUGUCAAGCAGUACGAAUCAGUGAGAAGUGUUCUCCCCGUUUCAUUGUUGUUUUCAGUCAUAGUUAGUAUUUCGUAUGUUUGCUGUCAUCCUGUUUUUGGAGACCAAUUUGCUCCACCUUUAUUUGUAUAAGUCUGUUAUUUUGUAUCCUGGAUUUGGGACCACAAGUAAAGAUCCUUGUUUCACCAUCUUUGCCUACUGUGUAUCCUGCACCGCACCUGGGCCUUGGGUUUUAGGUUAUUGUUCUGCUGAAAGGUGAAUUUGUCUCCCAGUGUCUUUUGGAAAGCAGACUGAACCAGGUUUUCCUCUAGGAUUUUGCCUGUGCUUAGCUCUAUUCCAUUUAUUUUUAUCCUACGAAAACUCCCUAGUCCUUGCCGAUGGUGAUGGUGCCAGGUUUCCUCCAGACGUGACGCUUAGCAUUCAGGCCAAAGAGUUCAAUCUUGGUUUCAUCAGACCAGAGAAUCUUGUUUCUCAUGGUCUGAGAGUCCUUUAGGUGCCUUGUGGCAAACUCCAAGCGGGCUGUCAUGUGCCUUUUACUGAAGAGUGGCAUCCAUCUGGCCUCUCUACCAUAAAGGACUGAUUGGUGGAGUGCUGCAGAGAUGGUUGUCCUUCUGGAAGGUUCUCCCAUCUCUACAGAGGAACUCUGGAGCUCUGUCAGAGUGACCAUCGGGUUCUUUGUCACCUCCCUGACCAAGGCCCUUCUCCCCCGAUUGCUCAAUUUGGCCGGGCGGCCAGCUCUAGGAAGAGUUGGUGAUUCCAAACAUCUUCCAUUUAAGAAUGAUGGAGGCCACUGUGUUCUUGGGGACCUUCAAUGCUUCAGAAAUGUUUUGGUACCCUUCCCCAGAUCUGUACCUCGACACAAUCCUUUCUCGGAGCUCUACGGACAAUUCCUUUGCUCUGACGUGCACUGUCAACUGUGGGACCUUAUACAGACAGUUGUCUGCCUUUCCAAAUCAUUUCCAAUCAAUUGAAUUUACCACCGGUGGACUUCAAUUAAGUUUUAGAAACAUCUCAAGGAUGAUCAAUGGAAACAGGAUGCACCUGAGCUCAAUUUCGAGUCUCAUAGCAAAGGGUCUGAAUACUUAUGUAAAUAAGGUAUCUUUCUUUUAUUUUUUACAUUUGCAAACAUUUCUAAAAACCUGUUUUCACUUUGUCAUUAUGGGGUAUUGUGUGUAGACUGAUGAGGGACAUAAAAAAAAAAAAAAAAAAUACAUAAAAUAAAGCUGUAAUGUAACAAAAUGUGGAAAAAGGGAAGGGGUCUGAAUACUUUCCGAAUUCACUGUAUGCGUAUCUUUCGGCAGGGUUGGGUUAAAAACGGAAGUACAAUUUCGGUUGGACCUUGUGUGCAAUUCACUAUAAUUAUCUUAAUCUUAAUCCCUCUGCCCUUGCUUACUUCCCUUGGCAGAUUUGAUAGAACUACAUAGGGGAAAUCAGUAUGAUGGAAACUAGUUGGAGCUAUUGCUUACUUCCACCCAUCCAGUUAUCUCAGAUCUGCCAGAGGAGUGAAUGAGGACAGAGGAGAGAGGGAAUAAAGUGCAGCCUCAGUCACUGGUAAAAUACUGGCGUCUCCCCUCCCCCCCUCCCUCCCCACUCCUACCCCCUCUCUGGGAAAAAACCUGAUAGCUUUAUCAAAGGAUGAUCGACAAGGGGCUAGCUACAUGUAGCUUAGCAGUAUAACAUAUCAGUCAUAUAAUUCAAAUGCAAAUGGAAGGGUUCCACUUUUUAAAAAGUCAUUUUUAUCCUUUUCUUAAUGUAAAUAUUGUUAGGUAAGCACACAAAAAGAAGUUGACUUCACUAGGCUUCUCACCAGUUGUCAGCAAGUGGAAGCUGCUGUGUAUGUUGCGUUCAGCCAGUUGAAAAGAUAUUCAGCAACUGUUGGGUAGGACAAUCCACCUUGAAAGCAAAGUAGUGACAGCAUUAAUUUUUCUCUGCAGUGGAUCCAGGAGUUAAAAUGUUUAUUCUUUAAGGUUUGUCCUUAUUCAGAGAGGAGAUGGUGUUACUGCCAAGCAUCUGGCCUCGUAACUGAGGAAAGAACAUGCUGCUUGUUAAAGACUGAAAUGUGGGAUAAUGGUGCCGUUCAAAGACCGUCCAAGUUUAUUUUAGGCUUUUCGACUCGCGUCCAGGAAAUGGUGGACCAAGUAUCGUAAUUGACUAUGAUACUUCGUAAUUGGUCUUGAAAUCCGAGAGGCAACCAUUUUUUUUUUGUGUGUUGUAAACCACUGAUAUUUUGAGGUCCUUUUUGUCUCUUUUUUUAGGGUGGAGUUCCAGAAUAAGUUCUACACGGGGCAGGGCUUCAAGUUCGUCCCCUUCUCCUUCGAGAGCAUCCUGGAGGGGCGAUUCGAUGAGUAAACUAGCUCGGCCCCUCCCUGACAAAUCCCAGACGAACAUCCCCCACCCCCAGGCUUUUUCUCUAUAAACGUUUCUGCAUGGACCCCCAAACUGCAGCUCUCUUACCCCCUCUAGGAGUCAUGUUGUGACGUGUCGGUUCGUGAGUUGUGUAUCUAUGCUCCUCUUUGCUCCACUCCAUCCUCGCAAUGUUGUGAAGUGUUGUUGUUUUCCAUUUUCAAGAAACUCCCUCCUCCUUCCGUGAUGCCAUAAGAAGUUGCUACAUUAAAAGGAGAUGACCUUGUGUGUGUCGUGUUUCACCCAUGAGUUUAUCAUUUGCUCUUCAUUCAUAUGAAAGAUGGUCAUGGAGGGUUAUUAGACAACACCUUUCAAUUGACUGGUAAUCUCCUGCAUAUGGCUAUGUAAUGACAGCUGUUUACAACAUGUGUAUGUAAUGAUGUUAUCCCAUAACACUACUGAUACUUACGUCAUUCAAUUUUGUGAAAGUGGUGAAGAGACAAAAUGAUGGGUCGGUGACAAAGUAGCAACGCUGUCAGUUUAUUCUAUGGCAUCCUAUGGCAUCUGCAUUCCCUCAAUGUGACUGGUGUAAAAUGUUCUGGUAUAUCUAUUCAAAGAGAAUGUCCCCUGUGUGUUGUGGCUCUCCCUGUAUGUAUUGUUUUGUGCAGCAUGACCUAGCUAUUAGCGUGACCGUGUCAAGAGGAAAUCAUAACAGAUGCUUCCUGCUAAGGAUAUGACCAAAUUGAGAUGGAGAGAUUAUGGGGACAUGUUCAGAAGCAGUUUGAUUUUACUGUAUUUUCUGAACCCACUCCAUUGAGGAGCAGGCAGGGCAAUAUUUAAAUCAAACAUAAAAGGCGUUUCUAUUGGUUACUGUACUGUACUAAUUUACUUUCCCCUACUUGCAGCUACAGUAUGAGGAUACACUGUAUUGUUGUUUAUGAUACUGUAGGACUUACACAUCAUAUUAUUUCAAAUGCUAGAUUUAUAGAUUUAUAGUAGCCUAUUCUACCCUUAAACUCAUAUGAUGAAAACAACACUCUCUUUGGUUCAUAUCGGUGGUUGUGUGUGAUGUGGGCUGUCAAGUAAUGAAACAUAUCUAUCAAAAUACACACAUUAAGUCCUCUCUAGUACAAUCCUGUGGUUUGUAGUCAUUAACAAAUAUUGAUUUUGUAUUAUUUUCAUUCUGUGAAUACAUAUUUUAACCGGUUGUCAAUGUGGUCAUAUGAAUUGUUGUGUUGUGCGUAUGUGUGCGUGUGCAUUUGUGCAUGCCUGCAGAAGGGAUUGGCCUCUAUUAAAAAAAAAGUCCUGUUGUUAACGAUCGAAUUUACUCUGCAGUGUAAAAUUAUUAUUUUUUACAUGUGCUCUGUCAGUUGACGUUUGUACAUGAUAGCAGUCAGAUGUGCAGCUAAACGUGUAUGUGACCAAUACAAUUU